UCUACUUUCGAAUUAUAACGCCAUCAUCCAGGCAGCUAGGAGGUACAAUGUUUUGGUGCUAGAAUUUGGCGUUCUUAAAACACAAAGGGAGAAAGACUCAUUAGAAUGAAGAAGUUUGCCGUUUUAGGCGCAACUGGACGGACAGGUGAGCAGUUAUUGCAGCAGGCACUAGAUCAAGGACAUGAGGUCAUAGCUCUGUGUAGAAAUCCAGCCAAAUUGACAAUUCAACACGACAAGUUCCAGGCUGUUGAGGCAGAUGUCUACUCUGCAGACUCUAUGAUACCGCACUUCAAGGGUUGUGAUGCAGUCUUCUCAUGUCUUGGGGCAGACAGCGGGUUGAUGAAAACAACCACCUUCUACUCAGAUACCAUGGCAGCCAUUACGGAGGCAAUGAGGAAAGCAGAUGUACAACGCCUGAUCUGCAUGGCAUCGUGGUACACAAAUUACAGGAAAGGGGAUGGAGGUCCCUUUGCCCAGGAGUGGAUAUUCAAGCCGAUAGCAGGUCUGAUCUUAGGACGAAUCUUGACCAGUAUGUCACUGAUGGAGUCAUUCUUAAUAACGGACUGCCAAGAUAUCAACUUCACUAUUGUCAGACCUCCAGGUCUCAGUGAUACACAAGUCACGGAUAAUGAGUUUGUGACCGAAGAAUGCCAGUACGUAAGAAGCCCCUGUGCCACACAGAUGGCAAGAGCUGAUGUAGCAAGAUUCAUGUUGUCAGCAUUCGAUACGUCUCUCUACGACAAAAAGGCAAUUGCUAUCUCGCUAGCCAAAUGAGGCUCCAGAAAACAAUAAUGGUAGACAUUUGUUUCAAUUCAAUAAGACAUUUAUUUCAUAUUGACAUCAUCAAUGACAGUGAAUAUAAUUGGUAUAAGGACAAUUUUAAACAGUAGUUUUUAAAGGCAGUGGACACUAUCAGUGAUUGUCAAAGACUAGCCCUCACAGUUGAUGUAUCUCAACAUAUGC